CAAAUUUUCAGUUAGUUAGGAACUUUUAACAAUUGCAGAACUUCUUUUUAGCUUUCAGAAUGUCACACAAAUAUUACGGUUUAAUAUUACUUAUAGUUGGUUUAUGGACUACAGUUAAUGGUGAUUAUUUUGAGGAAUGCGAUGGAGAAGAACAAUCUUAUAUAGCUGUACAAGAGGAUUGUUCGUAUUAUAUGUUUUGUCAUGGAGAAGAUUCUUUUCGAGAUUCAUGUCCCGAAGACAGUCCUUACUUUUCGAUUGAGGAACAAACAUGUGAUACGGAUAGAAAUGUUUGUGGCGAUAGACCAUUUCCUAAUGGGGAAUUCGAGUCGGGAGAAGGUGGUGAGUUAACAGAGGAUACCACAGAUGCUCCAACGCAACCAACCUCAAGUGUUUCAGUUGAAGCUUCAACAACUACUGCUAGUUCAACUACUACUACUACAUCAUCAACCUCAGUUAUUGUUCCAACCUCUACUACAUCCUUAGCUUCUACAGCAGCUCAAAUCAUUACCACUCCCACCUUUAUAACUCCUAUAUUGCCUUCCUCCUGCCCAGCUGUUGACAAUCCCAAUAAAGCCAUAUUUCUACCACAUCCCAAAUCCUGCACAGAAUACUUUUUAUGCUAUCAUGGUGAACGUUUGCCCAUGCAUUGUUCCAAUAUGUUGCAUUUCGAUGCCCGCCAACAGAAAUGUGAUUAUCCGGAAAAGGUUAAAUGUCAAAUGAUGGAUGUUGUAUCCCCUAGAGAACAGUGUUUAUCACAUACCAUCGAUUAUUAUCCUCAUCCGAUCAACUGUAAUUAUUAUUACCAAUGUUUAUUGGGUUAUCUGAAAGUAAUGCAAUGUCCUCUGAAUAUGGGUUGGCAUUAUGAGAAGAGAACUUGUGUCCUUAGAUCUCAGGCUAAAUGUUAUAGAUCUUCUAAUAGAUUUUAGAUAAAAUAAAGUAUAUUUUAUAUAAUUUGUCAAACAAAA